AUGCAGAGUUGCAUCAACAUUUGGUUUGGUGGCAUCGAAGCUUUUGAACAGCAAGUCCAAGGCGACUUAUACAACUUGCUGGUGGAUCAGCUUUCUAAUCACAUGGUGUCACACUGGCGUUUGGCAGAGGCCUCUCCCGUAUUCUUCUGGUUCUUUUUUGACAUGGCGGCAAAUAACCUGAAGCAUUUUAUUCACGUGGCAGAGGAACUGUUUCCAUGGGGAACCUUGCAGCUUCUCGCGGGCCUUUCUUACUGGCUAGGGGUGGUUCCGCUUCUCUUCCGCGUGAUGUUUCGCCUGGCGUGGGCUAUGCAGACAAAGUGUGCCUGGCGACUGCUGGAUUAUAUCAAGUCUUUGCUCCUUCUACUGCCAGGGAUCUUCAUCUUCGGUGCCUUCCUCUUUCUCCAUUCCUUCCUUUCCGGGCACCUUCCACAUGAUUUCGGUUCCCCCAGCUUCGCGCUCAUAACGAUGCCUCUCGCAGCGCUCGUCUGGCGAAGCCUGGCAGUACUUGUGCCGCGCCACAGCACGCGAUUGGCAAGAGAGCCACAUUCUGAGGCUUCGAACUUGCGCAGCAGUGAAGCUUCACAAGUUCGGGAGAGGGUGGGGGAAACGAAAACAGUAAUCCCUGCCCGAAAUCCCAGACCCUAA